AUGAAGGGAGAAGGUAUCAAAAGUUAUUAUCAGGCGAAGAUCGAAGAGUCGGAGCUGAUCAUAAAUGAAAAGACACAAAAUUUGAGACGAUUAGAAGCCCAAAGAAAUGCAUUGAACGCAAAAG